AUGACAUUGAUAAACGAAUGCCUGAAUUGCUCUAUUUUCCGAUGGUCGGGACAGUACUACCGACAACUUAGAGGCCUAGCUAUGGGACAAAGGCUGGCACCCACUCUCGCCAUUGUUUUCAUGGCCAAGAUCGAAAAGCCUAUAAUAGACCGCAAACCACUGCUGUAUUAUAGUUACAUAGAUGAUUGCUGCGUCGUCUGCUCAACCCAAGCAGAACUAGACGCGUGCUUCAAUCUUCUCAAUCAGCAGUGUCCGCACAUUAAGUUCACAAGGGAGAGACCGAUAGACAACUGGUUGGCUUUCCUGAAUGUGCACAUUUACUUGCGGAAUGGGAUAUGUAAGACUAAGUGGUACAGGAAACCCAGUAGUAAAAACAUCUUAAUCCACUAUCUUUCAGCGCAUCCCAGCAAAAUGAAAAAAUCUGUUACAGGUAACAUGUACAGAACGGCGGCAAGAGUCUCAUCGAGUAGCCAGGAAAAAGCAUGGUCUAUAAAUGUGGCCCAUAAAGUAGCAAUGUCCAAUGGGUACCCAGCUGGAGAUGGUGCUACCCGACAAGCACGGUAUCCCUCUCGAAGACCCAACGUAGUGGAUGGCCCAGAGAAGAUCCCUUUCUGUUUACCUUAUAUAUCUGAUGAUAUGAGCAGAGCAGUACGGGGCUGUCUACGAAAAGCGGGUCUAAGGAAUGACGUGAGGGUUGUGGAAAUACCUCCAGCAAACCUCAAGGGGAAGCUGGUACGUAACCGUGUGUAUGAUCGACUCUGCACAACUCCCAGCUGCGUGGUUUGCCCGUAUGGCAGAGAGAGGGUGAUUGCAUGA